CGAGUUAUCAAAUUCCCCACAACUAAUAGAGUUAAGUUUGUGGAAUCCAUAACUACCGGCUAUACAUUCCAGCUCACUACACCAGUUGCUCAUUCAGUUUCAAGCCCAGCAACCUCCAUGCUGAACUAGCUAGCUGUUCCUUCUGUCUGCUUACAUUGAGCAAAUUUGCUUAGCACAGUUGAGUGAGGCCACUUUGCAGCCAAGUUAUACCCAGCUGUUCUCUCCCAUACUAUACCAGCUCGUGUAUAAUAGUUAGCUAACAGCUAGUGAUCAUACCAUUUAUUUGCGGUGUGUGAUGGCGAGAGUAGCUGCAGAUGAUGCAGGGCCGUCUGCAUUCGACGUCCAGCUGAGCAUCAGCACGGGGAGGACCUCACCUGACUGUGAAUCAGUCACCAUUAAGGUGAAUGCUGGCUCCACCAUUAAGAUGGUGUUUAUGAACGGAGCUUAUAUCCUGAGAGACAAACAUGGAAGGGAUAUGGACACACUCCUCAAGGACUUUGACCUCUACCUUGUCCGUCCCGAAAGAGAUGACAUUGUUUUGAAUCCCUCAAGAGAGAUAGCUGACUAUGGCAUCAAGAGGAAUGAACCAAUGGACCAGCUCCAGUUUCGUCACAAGACACUUCCCAUCCCCAUAGUGAUCAACCUAUGUGAUGGAGAAGACAGAAAGAUCGAGGUGAACUUUGGCUUCCCCCUAAUGGACGUUGUUCCAACCAUCUGCGACAUGUUCGGAAUAAAGGAACAUGCUGAGCUCUCCUUGGCCAGACCUACCACCAAUACAGACGUCAAAUAUGAAUGGCUCAGCUUGACCAGCUCUCUCAAUGGACAAGAUGUCCAGGAUGGAGACAAACUCCUUCUUCGCAAGAAGUUCUUUAUUCUCAACGAUGACAUUCACGAGGCUGUCAAAGGCAAUGAUGACCUCAGGGAGCUUAUAUAUCAACAGAUUCGUACUCAGUAUUUGACAGGCAAGUAUGUCGGAGGUUGCCAUGAAGAUGACUCCUUAUGCUCACUGAUGUCAGCAUUGCUCCAUCAUAUCGAGCAGAGAAGUGAGAACAUUAGUGAUGAUGAAGCUACUUGCAAAGUAAUGCCUCAGGCCAGACAGAAAGACUCGAGUUUCUUCGCCCAGAUUGUCACGACAUUUUAUCGCGAGCGUGUUGAGAGUUUGGAACAGAGUGAGGCCAAGAACAAGUUGCUGCAGCUGCACAGUGUAAAGCAGACUGUCCUGGUCAACUACUACCCCAUCAAGCUGUCUGAGGACUCUUCAGAUCAUGUGAUCAUUAUCGACAGUGACUCAGUGUCGCUAUGCCAAACUGACGACAACGGGAAACUCCAGGCUAUUAGUGACAAGACCUGGCGCAUCCGAGAUCUGAGGGACACGGACAUCUCCUCACAGAAUGAAGACUUGUUCAAAGUGAAUGUGCUCGGGUCCUGGCAGUCACUGUACAGUCCGUACAGGCAGUCCUUGUCCAGCCACCUCUUGGAGGCCGUGCAUCUUACCAAGUUGAAAGGACUACGAUUCAGGGUAUCUGCAAGAGUGACAUCUCCGGAAGUCAACGAGGUCUUCAAACGUAACUCCCACCUCUAUCAUGGUGAUGUUACCGUCAAGCAGUUGCCAGUGGCAGCUAUCGUAAAUCCCAUAACACUUGAGGCAUAUCAACCACCACCACCUGGCGAGAGCUCUGUUGACCCCCCGCCUGUUGACACGACAAUGAACAAACGUAGCCUGUCGUUUGAGUGGCCUGCUAAUAACGAGGAGGCAGAGACUCGGGAGGUACGAAAUGAUGAAGUGUUUCCUGUCUUGGACAGCCCAUCAGCUGGUUCCGAGGGCUUGCAGUCAGCUGUGAUCCAUCCCGUGUCCACUGUUGACACGGAGAUAGAGUUCAACGUGUCCCCCAAGGCCACACCUCUCAGAGAGGAGAAAAAGAAGGAUCUGAGUCGGACUUCAGUGCAUAUUCCGGACUUUCUUGAGCUGGAUUAUCGACAGAUUCUUGAAGACUACAAGCUCUUUCACAUUGUGGUGAUGAAGCAAGACGUCAGGCCAGUACUGCUCCACACUGGUAAGGCCAUAGGGGAAGUGGUGAAAGACAUCUGUGGCACAUUCAGCAUCAGUGAUCCCAGCGACUACUAUCUCUGGAUACCCACAGGCAUUCAGUCAAUCAUUGAGAAGUAUGGAGGGAAGCCGAGAAUUCUCGCUGGUCGAUACAGACGAAGGAGUUCUCCAGUAUUUGGAGAUUUCACUCCCAGGAUGGAGAGCAAUAAGAGCCUCAGGGAGCAAUAUGAUUUCUCCAUCAAACCAUAUGUUCUGCAUCUACGGAUGUACCAAAAUGAGGACGAGGUCGACGCUCCAGACGAGAGCUCACUGGAUUGCGGGGAUGAAUGGCCUGACUGUGAGCAUCCUGACGUGGCCAGAUACCGUCGUUUCUACCAGAGUUGGCUGGGGUUGGUUCAAGGAGCUUAUCCAGUGGACAGGAAGGCUGCAAUAAAGUUGAAUGCACUGCUGACUCAGGUGUACUUUGGCGACCGAGAGAGAGCUCGUGUGUGGCCCCCACAAGACUAUGAUGCGAAAACAUUUCUGCCUCAGAAGUUUCAUGGGUCAUUUGGUAUCGUGGGAGAAGUGGAGCGUGCCCACAAAGAAUUGAGUGGGGCCUCAACGCAUGAGUGCAUCAACGACCUCAUUGAUUCUUGUCAGAAGCUGAUCACUCAUCAAGGAGUGUUCUUUGACGUGACAGUCCCUGUUCGUCGUGAGAUAUUGGCGGUGAUUCCCUGGAGGAAGAUGGAACAUCGCUGGUUUGGUAUCAACCAGCACGGCAUCUGCAGUGUUGAGCAAGACACUGGCAAGGUGCUUUUCACUCAUCGGUUCUCUGACAUAUACAAGUGGACCUCUACAGAGAACAGCUUUAAGCUGAACUUCAAAGAGUGGGCAGAGGAUUUCCAUGGAUACACGUACCAGACAAAAGAGAUCCUCAACACACUGGAGCUCUACAUCCAGAUGACCAUCCGAGGGAGAAUUGAUCAGGCCCCCUCUAAACCUCCCAGCAUCAGCUCUGGGCCUGAUACCGGGUACCCCCUUGGCACUCCACCCACAACCCCCGUGAGAAGUUCAUUGAAUGGCUUUGACCUGGACCAGCCGGAGCAUAGUACUCCACCCACAACUCCCCUCAUGAUCAGGAGUUCACUGAAUGGCUCUGACCUGGACCAACCGAAUCAUAGUUCCCUCAGUACCUCGCCCACAACCCCCGUUAUGAGCCCACUGAAUGAUUCCAUUCCAGACCAGCCGAAGCGGUCGUCCAUCUCCACUCCUACAACGUAUGACCUGUAACUCUCAAACAAUUUUUUUAGACUCAUUCAAUAAAUUUCAUAAGAACAAUCCAAUUUAUUUUCUAUUCAAUAAUUACAUACUGCUAUUAUAGUACAUUAUUAAUAAGAACACAAAAGAGACAAAA